GAUUCAUAAGUAAUGUUCAAUAAUCUUGAUCAAUCCUUGGCAUCAGUCUGUUCUGACGUCAUUUGUUAAAAGGUUCAGUAAACUUUUGUUAUUGAAUAUGUGUUAUGAUUCUAAAAUUAGUAUACAUUUUAUUAUCGUUGUAGAUGUCGAAACGAAUAAUACAUGCCAAUGAAGUGCACAAUAGAGACAUUCCUCUAUAUUUCUUCACUAAAAUACAGAUUGUCAACCAGUUGCACAAACCAGGUGUUUGACCCUCCGUAAAAGCCAGUGAUUCAACUUUUAUUGUUAGCGAGACUCGUAAAUCAUUCUUUGCAGGGGUCUCCCUCUUUCUCUGUUAUUGCUCCAACAGUCUUCAUCUUACCAUUCGGAAUUCUUACCGAAACUUUUCAAUCUUUCUCCACUGUAAUUCAUAAUCGGAAAUAUCUUCGCGUAGAAUUCGACACGGACAAAAGUUGGAUUCGAUCCAAGCAACAACAAGUAGAAUCUGAAUUAAUUCGUAAAAUCUUCGCAACCACGCUCUCUAGUUUAUUUCUAAAUAUAUUAUGAGUGAAAUAUCAAUAUCUCGCUCUCUCUGGUGAUUCAACUCUCAUAAAUGUAAACCUAAAUACAAUUCUGACGCGAGUCAACCUGGGUGACUUAAGAAAGCAGAGAAGUCAGUACUUACGACGACCAUCGAACGAACGAACGAAUUGAUAUCGAGUUCUUCUUCUCUGUUAUUGUUAUUUAAUCGGCAUCGAUGUUGCUAUCAUUAGCCGGAUAUCUACAGCUCAAGAAUGGCAACCGGGAAAUGAGCGUGUCGCCGAGCAAAGAGCAGCCGAGCCUCGAGAUGGAAGGAACGCAUCUCGAGGACAAUAGCUUAAAAGUGUCGCCUGUGCAGAACGUUGCGAGGCAGGAUUCAGGCGUCCCGGAGGAUCUCGCGUCGCCGUUGGCCGACGCCGAUAAGCUUCCCAACGAGGACCCGGAUUCGACGAUGAACAGCGACUGUAACAUAACCGUGAUCCACGUGACCGAAUCCACGGAAGCGAAUAAACCUGAUCCGGCUCUGAACAGCGACAAGAAGGAUUAUACGGGCGAGGGGAAGGAUAGCAAGGACGGAAGCGACAGUGGGGUGGAGGGUUGCGCCGCCGAGGUCCCGAGGGUACGAAGUCGAAACAGCAUCGAUUACGCGAGCAGUUGUGGCGGCCUUGACGAGGCGUCCUGCGAUUCCAGUCUAGUCAGCUGUUGCUCCGUAUACGAGGACCCAUGCGCAACUUUACCCGACGAUGUCAGGUUGACCACUGGCGGAGAGGGUACCAGCGAGGGUGGCAGCGAAAGUUCCUCCAUAGCGGGUAGCGUUUCCGCCCGUGCAAACCGAGCCAACGUUAAGAGAACUAUACCCGCUUCUACCGUCGGUAAGAAGAAGACAACCGCGACAGAGACUCAGAAGAGCGCGAGGGUAAAGCCAGCACCGUUGGUUUCGGCCGCUACCCCACGCUCCAAGCCGCGUACCGCAACCCCAAGGAACAUUCUGAGCAAAGCGCAGCCGGUGGCGAGGGGGGACAGAGCCCGAUCCAGGGAAAAAUCGGCGAUCAGAGAGGGAAAUAAUGAUAACACGGCAAGUAAUAGUCGAGUUUCAACGGGAUUCCGUUCAGGUGCGACCCAAAUGCUGCCGCGAACGAGGACAAGACCUAUUCCUGAUUCACUGCCAUCUAUGCUCACCACAGAGAUCAACAAGGAUCUGGCACAGCGUGGCCGAGGUCAGAGCGGCAGCAGCUGCAGAUCCAGAGGCGGGUCCAGCACGCGUGGUGCUCGAACUCCUAGCUCGACACCGUCCGAAGAGGUUCGAAAACCUCUGUCCACCGCUAGGGUAUCGUACACGGGUCGUACGGAGACUGCGAAAGCUUCCUCCAGAUCGGAUAAGACGAGCAUGAGCACGGAUAAUAAAGCUCUGGAUACGUAUGCCACGUUGCCUAGAAGGAACAGGAAUAAGAUGAGUAUUGCCAAGGUCGGUGAGAAGGUGGACAAAAGCGUCAGAAGCAGAUCUGGAAGUAGAGACGCGAGUUUAAAUAGACAGGUUGAAAAGAAGAGUAACGCCAAAGAGAAUUCGACACACAAAAGUCUGCCACCCUAUCCGAGGCACAAGAUUGCCGAGAAGACGCGUAUUUAUCAUGAAACCAGCGUGCAAACUGGUCUUACCGGUCAUGACAUCGAGAAUGCUUUGUCUGGAGUGCCAAGUGUUGUCACCGGGCCGGAAGUGGUCGAGAGGUUACACGAGGGAUGUCAAACGGAGGGCACGUGGGAGGAUAUGCAAGCGAUGCAGAGUGACUUGAAACGGUUGAACGAAGAGACGAUGCAACAAAAGGAGGAGAACGAGAAGCUGAAGGCUGAAAUUGUCGAGGUGAACCGUCUCCUUAAAGAGGAACAGGCGGAUCAUGCGUUCGCGCGGCAAGAAUUGGAUAGAAAUGCACAACGAGUAUUGGCGAUGCUUGGAACUCCACAAUCGGAGCAUGCAGAAGGGAGUGACAGCUUUUUGGAGUUGGAGUGUCAUUUGCAAUCGUCUGGACAAGUUGUAGCAAAUCAACAGUUAGAGAUAGCUGAUUUACAAUCUUUGUGCCGUAUGUUGAGUAGAGAUUUGGAGAAAAGUUUGGCUGCUCAGAAAGCGUUGCUACAACAACAACAAGAAUUGGAGGCAGAAUCGGCUGAGAUGCAAGAUUUCCUACAAGAAGAAAAAGCCACUUUAGCGGAUGCUUUAAAAGAGGCUGAAACAGAGCUUGCAAAAAAAGAAGAACUACUAACGAAACGCGAAUUAGAAUUAGAAAGACAAACCGAAGAAUGUAAGCAUUUAGUACGAAUUAGCGAACAACGAAGACAAGAAAAUUUAUCUAUGAGCAUGAAAUUAAAUGCAGUCGAACGACGAAGCAGGGAACUUUUACUCACACAAGGAGCUGCCGUUUCCGGAGCUGCGGUUGCGCUUUCCGGUCUUGGAACUAGGCUAGAAGGAUUAGUAGACCAAUUGAUAACAUCGUAUAGUAUCUCAGUAAAAGAUCUUGAAGAUGUGAUAUAUCACAAUGAAGCAUAUAGCAGGAGCAACAGUAGUGUCGAAUCGAGUCCAGUUAGCUCUAAGCAUAGCCUGAAAGAGUGUACACCCAGUCCGAAGAGUGGAUCUUUCGUUUCCGCAGUGAUUGGAGCAAUCCGGAAUGCGGCAACACAUCCUUUUGCAACGAAAAACACUGAUAAAAAAUCUUCUUUAGAAUCAGCUAAACAAAUAUAUAAAGAAUUAAGUAUGGAAUCAUCGUCUGAUUUGCUCGAUUUUGAAACCGAGCCAUGCCUGAUGAUGGAAAGUGUGUUAGAGGAUGUUCCCUUACCCGAUACGUACUCGCAUAAUAUGGUGUCGAGUAGUGAUUCACUUCGCAGAGCUUUAAGCUUUCCGGAAACCGUAGACGAAGGUAAUCUAAAAAAGACGCGUACCAAUGAGGAGUGUUCAAGUCUUACGAAUCUCACCCAAGCAAUUUUACAUCGUCGUAAGGUUGAAAAUGAGGAAGAUGAUGAUUGCGAUUCUAUCAGCGAAUCUGAUACCGGUACGAAUGAUGGUCCGUUAGCUUCGGAUUAUUGUCCGGCUGUUAGUCUUGUUGAUCAAGUUAUUGAUGUAGAUAAUCUUGUUACAAAAUUACUAAAAGUAUUGCGAAUAAUACAGCUCGAUAAUGAUACAUGCAUACAGGAGCUGAAAGAAGAGAAGUCUGAGUUAGAAACGAAAUUGGAAGUGACUGUAACGGAGUUGGAAGAAUUGCGUAAAAUUGUGGACAACUUGCAUCAAUCGGACGAAAUUCUAAGCAACAGUUCGGACAGGAGACGUAGCGUGAUGGAAAACUGUCGUUUGCUGAUCAAAGAGGCGGGUAAGGAGGAAUUAAAAUUUGACGAGCCCGCAGUUGGUAAUAAUAGUGAUCCUGGAGGAGCUACAAAUUGUGAAGAUCUCAACGCGAACAUAGCCGCUCAACCAUCUUCCUAAACACAUUUCCUUUUUAUUUUUUUAUUUUUUUUUUUAUUUUUUUCUUCUCCUUUCGUUGUUAUCAUCUUUUAUCUUUGACGAUGUAAAUCAUUAUUGAUUUUAUUUGUUUUCAUAAUCAUUCGUUGUUGAUGCCAAAAUAAGAGCCACGUUGAAAAUCGCUCUAAUGCGUGUCACCUGAAAGAAUCGAGUUUAAUUGAUGCUCGAUAGUAUGUAUAUUCAUAUUAAUUAGUGUUUUUUGUUCGACGAUCGUGUCAAGAUGAUUAGAUGAUAUCGUAGAUCAUAAACUAUAGGCAUUUUGCGUGUGUCGAAGUCAUGUACAGCUUUCUCCGUGCCGUCAUAUUACGAAAGAUAUUCAUGCGUAUUGCUUUAGUAUAUUUUAACGUUAAAAGACUUAUAAUCUGUGUACAUAACAAUAAAUUUCUCCUCAUAAUUUCAAAAUUGGA